UGCGUUGCCGUUCACCAUGUCAAGACUGUUCCGAAGUCGCCAGUCCAGCAGCGACGCGCUGCAGGACGCCUGCUGGUCCCUUCUCGACGCCGACAUUCCGCCCCCACAGCAGUCCAGCCGACGAGGCCGAGGCCUGUCCGCCGGCGGAGACUGUCCUCCAAGACCGUGGCGAGCAGCUGCCGAGAGCCGGCCGUCGUGGACGACAGAACGGCCGCCGCCGCGGAAGCUGGUCAAGGACAUGAAUGGGUCCGGCCGGCCGUCCUUCUCGCUGGAGCUCUCCGACAGCGAGGCUGAGAAGGAGAAGGGCCUCGUGCGGCGACAGAUCGCCAGGCUGAAGGAGCUGUAUCGGAGGGAGAGAUGAUGCCGGGCUCCCCGCGAUGCGCGGGACUGCGGCGAGGCUAGGUGGGAUUGUUGAGGCGGACGCACUACGAAAUGCGCUACGCUCUACCCCGCCAGGACCGGGACCCCCGGCGGUUGCGCUGCCAGCUACGGCCAGGGGGGCCAACUGAACUUGUCACGGGAGUCGAUCGUCUUCGAUUCUCUCCCGACUUGUUUGGCGGAGACACGGAAGCCGGCGGACCUUUUUGUCUUGAACUUUCCCGUUUCUCAACCCCAAAGCGGCGUCUCGGUCUCGGCGUCGAUCGGCUAAAAAUUGCCGAGACG